CUGAGCAGCUGAGAGGCAGAAGGGGAGGGAGCUGCUCACUCACACUCACUCACACACACACACACACACACACACACACAUACACACACACAUUAUCACACACGUACAUACAGGCAGAGUGAGAGGAGAGAAGAGGAGAGGAGAGGGAGAGGAGGAGAGGAGACAGAGAGGACUGUGGAAAGGAAAACAGUCUCCUAGUCUCCACGGCUCUGCAGCUUCUGACAAGGCAGCCUAAGAAACAGGAUGUUAAUGCUUGACGGAAUGCCUGCAGUCCGAGUCAAAGCUGAGCCCCUGGAAUCGGAACAAGGGUCACCUAAAGUGCGCCCUUAUUCUGCGAUGGACGGCGUCCCCUUCUUCCUCAGCAGAGUUAAAGCGGAACCUCCGGAAGACCUGCUCGCUCACGACCUGCACUUCCACACGCAGACUGAGCCCGUCGACCUGUCCAUCAACAAGCCCCGUCCCUCCUCUUCAUCCACCACCCCUACCACCGCCUCGUCAUCUUCCCCUCUCAGAUCCGCUUUCUCCCCGUCUUCUUUAUCGUCGUCAUCCUCCUCCUCCUCCUCUCCAUCGGUUAUCACCUCAGCCUCAUCGGUGCUCACGCCGGGGCCUCUGGUUGCCCCCGGAACCGGGGUGAGAGGUCAGCCGUAUUUGCACAUUCUGCACUCUGUGCCGCCGCCUCCAUCCAGCCCUCUGAGCCUGCAGGGAGCAGGGAAGCUGGCCAGCCAUGUUCACCGCAUCCCAGUUGUGGUACAGUCACUACCCCUCAUGUACACCACUGCCGUUCGAUCACCCUCCAGCCUCAACAACGCCAUCAUGCUACCUCUGCUGGACGAGGUCAAAAGCCAGGGCAAAGCACACACAGACCCCAGCGGCCUGUCGCCAAGGCAGAUCAAAAGUGACAGCGAUGACGACGACCUGCCAAACGUGACCUUGGACAGUGUUAAUGAGACCGGCUCCACUGCGCUGUCUAUAGCCCGCGCCGUACAAGACUCCAUGUCCCCGUUCAGCAUUGACAGCAUACGGCGCCCACGGAGGUCAGAGUCACCAGACUCCAAAAAGAGGAGAAUCCACAGAUGUGACUUUGAGGGCUGCAAUAAGGUGUACACCAAAAGCUCCCAUUUAAAAGCACACCGGAGGACGCAUACAGGGGAAAAGCCAUACAAAUGCACCUGGGACGGCUGCACGUGGAAGUUCGCCCGCUCCGACGAGCUGACGAGGCAUUACAGAAAACACACGGGGGUGAAGCCCUUCAAGUGCGCAGACUGUGACCGCAGCUUCUCCAGAUCUGACCACCUGGCCCUGCACCGACGGAGACACAUGCUGGUGUGAAUCAGACGGAGAGAGAUAAAGAGAGAGAGAGAGAGAGAUCAAUGAAACACACACACACACACACACAUGCACACACACACACACACACACACACACACAGGCAGCCGGGGGAGCGGGAUCUCCCUAUGAAUGUUUUUCCGCUGGCCUGGACACACACACACACACACACACAGUCAUGCACACACACACACACACUCUCAUCCGUCACGAGGAGGGAAGAUGGAGAGGCGCACAGAGCUUGUGGAGCACAAAACAGGGUCACUUCUGGAUCCUCCUUGGGUUGGAAGGAAUAGACGGCAGGAUCUGUUAUUGUCAUUGUUUGGAGUAUGAUAGGGAACUGUCUUUUACAGCACUGUUUGUAAAUGUUUCACUUUGAUUUUUAAGAUGAAUUCGCACUCUUCAUUUGGACAAAAAAAAAAUAUAUAUAUAAUGCAACCUGCAGCUGUCUCUUUUUGGUAUCUUUCUUUUCAUUAUUGUUCAAAUGGCUGCUUUUCCAGCAUUCAUAAUGUGAACGACCCCUUUGUAUGGAACGGAUUCCCUGUGCGAGCAGAGAGAAGCUGGGCUGGAUCACAGGAGAGGACUUGGGCCUAUGUGGAGUUAAAGGCAGUGUUGCCUCCCUGUGAGUGUGAUUUGUGACCAGCAGAGGGCGCCGUUUCACCACGGAUGGUCCCCCCUGUUCUAUCCGAGGCACGCCGUGUAGAAGCUAACAUGGGGCUGGACUUCCACCUCUCUCAUCGCCAGCACACAAUAAAAUGACAUUAACUCAAACAGCCACAACCGGAAUGGAUCAACCUCAUCAACACAUCCACUGUUUUCAGAUGCUCACUGCUUUAUUUCGAACAAACGACGACCGGACAUGCAUAUCAUCAUCACCAGCAACGAAACACGCCGCUAAUGGCCCGCUCACAAGGCCGCACAACCCCAAAAUCUCAUCCGUGCUAUUCUUUAUGUUGAGCCUCUUGAAAGCAUUUUCUUAAAAAAAAAAUCUUUGGUGGAUUUUGUGCUGUGAUUAGCAAUCAGUAAAGUGCAAUCUUAAAGGAUAAAUAUACUUUCAGUAUGACAACGUUUUGUUUUAUUGAAUCUUGCUUCUUCUUCUUUUUUUGUUUCUUUUAAAUGCCUGCUUAUUGCUUCUGUUAGACUCAGAAAAAUACAACCCCUCAUGUACAGUGAACUUUGAAACAAUCAGAGGAGAUAUCGAGUAUGUGACAAAAAAAAUAGAGGCACCUUACAGACUCUGCUUUCAUUCUGUCCCGAUCUAUCUGUUGUUAUUCUUCAGCUCUGCUUUCUCAGCUGGGUUUGACCGUGAAAGGAACUCGCCUUGUGGUUUUGCACAGCAGCACUUGACCAUAAGCUGAAACUGACAUCGGCUGCAGUGUUACAGGGAUAGCGUGGUACCUGAUGUACAAUACAGAAGAGCAAUACAUACUGAACAAAGCGAUGAGGAGGAUCGUCAGCCUCCUCUUUGUUCUGUUUGCUGAUGUCAAUAUCAAUAUCGGGGGAGAGGUUUCUAGAACUGGGCCGACUUCUCGCUCAGUGCCACGACUCCCUCUUUUGAUUGGUUUGUAGCUCCGGCGCAAGGCUCUAAUCUGAUGUUUGUUUAGUUUUAUUUUAUUUGUCUCAAAUACAGACAGUCACUUGAAAUGUUCUCACCUCAGACCAGAUAUAUGUCAAGAUUAUGAUCUGAUGUACCUGAGAUUUGGCCAUAUUAUUUGCUGACAAAUGGAGGAAUCACAUAUGCAUACACACGAAGUACAUUUCUACAUGCAUGAAUACUACGUGCAUGUAGAGUGGGACUACAUUUUAGAUGCAGUUACUGGCAGAAAUAUCUCUUAGAGACCAACACUUGACCUCAAUCAGGAAAUUCAAUUAAAAAGUAUAUUUUUACAGUCCUAAUAAUACUUUUCAUGCUGCCUAAGACCUGCAGACUUAAACUCAGAGCAUCAGGCCAACUCAAAUUAUCCGAUAGUGCUGCUAAAUGCAUUUAUUGGACCAAAGCCAGUAAAAAGAAAAGGUAACCUUUUUGAUAAUAGCACCUUGAAGACCACACACACACACACAAACACACACACACACACACACACACCUGCACACUUGCAUUGAGCUUCCUCCCUUUCAGUGAAGUAGCCAGAUCCAGGACGUCAUGUCCACACAUGCAGCCCAGUGCGUGUGACAGCCCUUUGAUGUAACGGAGAACGGUUAUGUAUGUCAUCAUUAUUUAUGUAUCUUGUUUGCGCACAUGUCAUUAUGCCCAGUCGUAUUAUCAUUUUGGCAAAAGCAUAUCAGCACCUUGUUUGUUUAUUCGUAUGAUUUUUCAAAUUAUUUUAUUUCAGAUGUCAAUUUAUAAACAAAUAAUCAUCAUCGUAUUUUAUCAUCCAUAUAAUGUAUGAGGACAUUUUAUUAUUGAGGGGCACUUCAUCGUUGCAUAUAACUCUUUUUCUUCUGUAAAAAGGAUCUUUUGAAAUGUUGUAAUAUAUGUGAUAGUGAAGAUAAAACUUAUUACAAAGUUCUACAGCCUGUAUAUACAUUGGAAAAAUAGGGCUUUUGAUUCGUAGAUGCAGGAAAUACAUUUAUACAUGUAAAGUCUUUUUCAGAGACUGUAAUUUAUCUAAUUUGAUAUACAGUGAAAUGGGGCUAAUGGUAUUCAUCAUGUAAAUGAUCAUAUGUGAUGUUAUAUAACAGUUUGCUUUCUUUGGUUUGUGGUUAAAUAAGAUCAUGGUCAAAUCAUUUUUAUUCCCAAGGCUGAACCAGUGUUUGCUAUAACCACCAAAUUAUUUAUAUACAUUGACCGUAUUAAGGUACUCGAUUCCCUGUGUUGCUAUUUUGCUAUACCUGGACAAGAAAUUCUAACGACCAAGCACAUAUCAACCACACGUGUACUCUCGUAUUCAGUGUAUGACGUUGCAUGCCUUAAUGCACCAGCUUUCGCUCAAUUUAAUUAGACUUGAAUAUGGUGUCUCCACAGGACAGGGUGUAUUAUAUUUCCCUUCAGCAUCUCUUUCCUCAUUUUGAAGCAUAAUUUUGUAACGGUAACCAGGGUCAAAGUUAUGCAAUAAUAAUGAAUAGUGCCUCACAUUGCAAACUCGUAAUAUCAGCUGCUCUGCGCAGACUUUCGAUUUCAGCAUGUGUGCUCAAAUUAAUAAAUUUCAAAUGGGAAACCAUGGAUUUUGGAAAAAGCACAGACAACGUUAUGCAAGGCGGACCUCUAAUGUUUCACUUUCUUUUCGCACUGAGCCUUACGCCAUCGUGUCCAAUGCAGCAUCCUUCCAUAACACUUUCACAGGCUGUUAAUAGCUCACGUUGUUACUUUGCUUGCAAUAAGUCACUUCCUCUGAGGGGAGCGAAACUGAGUUACAAAGGCCUCUUGAUGUUUCAGCUUCAUCACAUGAACUCAUCACAGUGGCUCCAUGGAAGAUAAUGAGGAGUCCUGCUCACAGGGAACAAGUCCUGUGGCUGGGAUUCUGGCUGUAGAGCGACGCCUUUGUUAAUGAAUACUGAUCUUACACUUCUCUAUCAGUUCAAUAUCUAUUUUACUUUCUGUGUAACAUCUGAUUUUGAGUUCCUGGUUUUGAAAAUUUAAGUAGUGAAGCCAAUGCCUUUGUUUCGAGUUUGCUGAUAUUACGUACAGUAAUCGUUGUUCCUGUAUUUAUGUAAAGUGAGUGUAGUGUAAAUAUAUUCAGAUCUUUUCAUUCUUACCGUUCAAAAAAAGAAAAAAGAAAAAAGAAAGAAAAACAGUGGUAUUGCUCAGCAUCGCUUCAAAAGGGAGAUUCUGCUCACGGAAUUCCACAUCUGUAAAAGAAAUUUUAAAUCCUGAUAUUUUUCAAAACUUCAAGAACAGGUGUCCUUCUUUUUCUUUUUUUUUUUCUUUUUCGGUUACACUUUUUUCUUUUCUCCAGCAGUUGUUUAAGUAUCCAGUCAGUGUUUUGCCUUUUUCUCUGUAUUUUUCAUAUGGAUGGAGCUGUGAAAUUAAAGUUCAAACAUAUACAUGUAUAUCAAUAUGAAUGGAGGCAUGAAGGUUAAUAAAGUUGCAUUUUGUAUGUAA